ACAGCCUCAGUUUAAAAUGUGUGUACUGGUAUCACUGUCACAUCAGCAUUCAUCAUGAUUCACAAAUCUGGGUCAUUUAAAGACCUUACUGUGCAAGGGUCAUGUGCUACAAAAUGCAGGAAACACUGUGCAGCAACAAAUUCUCUCAUAAACAACCCUAAAAAAAUUUAAAGAUAAAACUGUCCAGAGGCAGUGUUGCUCAAUCCCACCACCCCCAAAAUUGAGUGGUAUUUUCUAGGAACUUUGGAUGAACCACCCACUGCACUGGAAGCCUUGCUUUUUUACCCUUUAAAAAAAAAAAAAAACUGCAGGGGUCUUGUUACACUUUCAAGGGGAUGUGCUGUAUGGCACCAGAAAUUUAGCAAAUGCAUAGGCUGCAGGAAAUUCAGACUGAAGAAAGAGAACUACAGCCUUUAUGACUGGUAGAGUGCUAAUGAUAGCUUGGCAGGCUGAAGGGAAGAAACACACCAAAAGUACCAUAUGAGUAACACCCCAGUCUUCUAAAUUAAUGGGAAUCCUCAGCUUAUGUGUCACCAUAUACUUUCAGUUCAAACACCAAGCUGUGCAUUCAUCUGGCUGAAUUCGCAAGAACUAUUUCUUGCAAAUAUUUCCCAAAUGAGUUUGUGAUUGCUCUGAGGAGUUAAAGAGGAGCGGUGAGGACGAUUGAGGGCUGUGCUAAUUUGGGAGCAGACCACGGUUGUGAAACUGGGACACAAAGUUAGACCUGUCCACAGCGAAAGAAUAAUGGGCCUCCCUCUUCAUGAUGCAGCUUUCUGUGUCAUCAACACUGAUCUGAUGUCUGUAAACACUACUGUGUGUGACAGAAGAUGGGCACAGUAACAAGAGUAUUUAAGAGACGUAGAAACAUGUACGCGUUUUAUUUGCCCUUGUAGAAUGAUGAGAACAACGUGUAAAGGCUCAUAUAUACUGAACUACGUUCUCUUCAGAAUAAACAAUCAAAAUGUAAUGUUUUAGUACUUUCGUCUUAUAGGUGGGCAUUUUUUUUUUUUUUUUUUUUAGUGAAGUCUCCAUAUUACAAAUGUGGCUUCAGAAAGAAAAGGCAAUCUCAAAUAAUAUAUGAGAAAUUAUAGCAACAAUAUAUAUUGUUGCUAUUAUUUCUGAUCAAAGACACAAAUAUUUGUAUGUCAUUAUACAUGUUGUUUAUAUGUGAAUUAUCAAUAUUAAGUAUAGGACCUUUGAAUAAAUAAUGCUAUAUUCGAAAUAUUACUUUCCAAGAAAUGUCCUUACAUUAUUUAAUAACUUGGUAAGUCACUGCAUUGGACUUUAAAGCUUUUUUAACCGGAAGCCCAUAUUUCCCAGUUAUAUGAAGUACUUGAAGGUAGCAUCAGCCUGGCCCCGCCCUCUUUUCCCCCAGUGUCCCGGCGCUGUGAUUGGUUCGCUGUCUCUUCACUCACUCCGCUGAAUCGGCAAUUCCGAAAAAAAUAGUCACGUUUUCUCUCAGCCAAUCAGAGCGUCGCUUUAUUAUGACACCGUGGGAUUCCGCGAAAUUGUUUCUUGGAGUUGGAAGAAGUGCGGCUCGCAGUAAAAUAGGACAAGUUGACGCAUGUGUGGGAGCGCACAGAAACAAAGGCGGAAUAAACGUAGACACAAUAGCUCCGUCGCAAGUGCCGUGUUUUAUUGGGCCGGCAUUUAGAAUAAAAUAGAUCUAGAGGGAGAAGGAAAGAGGAAGAACCCGGGGACGAUUCAAACUGCUAGCUUUCCUGAGGGGGGUGUUUAUUUAUCCGCCCUGCAACCUCAAGAAGGAAACGCAGGCUUUGCGGAAUAGUCACAUUGAAGACGACACGUGUGGAUGAUUUGCCACAUGUCUCUUUUGAGGGCUGCGACCUGAUUGUCGUACCCGCGUUGUUUUUAGGAGGAUAUAGACACUUUUUGAGACACUGUUUCUUCGGCUCGGCCGGAUCUGCUCUAGUGAUGUCGGAGGUUGAGGUCUCUGCAGACUGCGUCCCCGGCCGAACACAGGGGCGCACAGAGGACAUACUGAAAGAGAGCCAGGAGAGCAUGACUUUACUGAUGGUGGCUAGGAUUCUGCUGGACUUGAACAAAUGCAAUCCCAGCGCUAUCAGCGCCGGGAGCAGCGUGUGCCUCGGGGGCAGCGAAGCCGGCCCUCAGGAGAAGGCGGAGAGGGGGGGUUACCGGUUGAACUCCGGGGACAACCGGGGCUCGCUGCCACCCAAACAACCCAGGAGCAGGAAGGCGACGGCGACGAGACAAGAGUCCCCCGAGAAGAGGCACUGCUGCCCCUUCACCGGCUGCGGGAAGAUGUAUGGCAAGUCGUCCCACCUCAAAGCCCAUCUGAGGGUCCAUACCGGUGAACGCCCCUUUGAGUGUACCUGGCCAGACUGUGGCAAGAAGUUCUCCCGGUCCGACGAGCUGACGCGCCACUACCGCACACACACGGGCGAGAAGCGCUUCAACUGCCCAAUGUGUGACAAGUGCUUCAUGAGGAGCGACCACCUGACCAAACAUGCCCGACGACAUGCAGGCUUCCAUCCCAGCAUGCUCCAGGGCUCGAGCGUGGCCAAGAGACGCCGCUGCUCCGUGUCCAUGUCCUCCUCCGAUUCUGGAGACCAAAGCCCUGCUGGGGUGUGAUGAGACACGCCCGCAUCAUCUACAUGCACACAUAGAGGUACAUGCAGUGGAUACAGUGGCAAACAUGCUGUAAAUCCACCCACGCAAGCAGUAUAAUGUGUGUGCAUUUACACAAGUCCCGUCAAGUCAGAGAACUCAACCAGCCAGACCACUAGUCCGAGAGUGUUCAUACUACACUUGUAACAUUGUGCAAUAGCAUAUAGAAACAUACUGAACCUGACUGUAAUCAAAGAGACCCGCCCCCUCUUAUUCCCUGCGGUGAUUGGUAUUUAUUAAGAGUUUUUCUGGGUCUGUCAGGAAUGUCUAGUUGUUUUGUAAUAAUUUUACGUUGUGUUGUUUGCCUUUUUUUAUUUUUAUUUUUAUUUUUUUGAAAGAAUCUGCCAUCCAAAUGGUAUUCAUGUACAUAGAUAUAGUAUUCAUUAACACUACACAUGUCCACUUUGCAUCACAGACUACAUUUGCAGAUGAAGAAAAUGACAAACAAACAUGUCAACAAACUCCUAUGACUGAUGCAUACUUAGUGUGUUUAGAAGUUUAGGCAAUAGUCUUUUAGUGAAUGUUGCACACAUAGACUUUCAGACAUUUGUUCAGUAGCUUUUCAGUCCAGGACGAGGUGAUUGUACAGCAUAGCAGCAGUAUUACCAUGUAAAUAGAUUAAACAGACUUCAGUUGGAUGAUAUACUCUCUAUAGUGUAGUUUAUUGUUAUUGGAGCGUAAUAAGAUGAGCUGUAAUAUAGAAAAAUCUAAAGCUAUUUAAUUUCAUUUCUCUGGUCAUGGACUUCCGUUGCAAUGAGCCUGCAGGUGUGAGCGGAGUGUUUCCGAUGUGGAGACACAAAUGUUGUCACAUUCAUAUGUAAACAAAUGCACCACAAUGUCUUUACAGUACUUAAUCAUGGCCAUAGUGAGUUGAGCAUAUCUUAAGGGAAAUUACACUUUACAUUACAUUGUCCGGUUUUAUUUCUGGCUUCUGAUGCACUACUGUGUGCAGGAGAACACAACAGGGUAAAGCAGCUGAAACACAUUCUGUGUUAAGACCACAACGAUUCAUGUUUCAAUAACAGUUUGUGCCUUUUAACGGGUUACUACUAAUACUACCUGAAUGAACAUCGUCAGAUUGUUUAUGUUAUGUAUUUGCUAAUACUUUAAAGAUCAAUGACUGUCUCUUACGCCAUCAGUGCCAGUUGCUGUGCGCUGUGAAUUAGCUUUUGUUUCUAUCUGGACUGCAUUCUUUUUCAGGGAAUAAUGAAAUGUUUUGCCAUGCCAGUCAAACGUACACCACCUGGUGGUGACAUGGAAGCACAACAUCCCUCACAACAGAAACCAUUUUUUAUUUGUCAGAAAACACGUUGAGGUGUACUUUUGUGAUUAGUUUGCGAAUGAAUUUAUUCCAUCAUGUAGCAUGUUACAUGUGUUUCUUUGGUACAAUGUAUGUUUUAUUGGCCUGGUAAUCUUUUAUAAUAUCACUAAUGGGAUGAUAUAUCUUAUUAAUCUACUACUACAGGAGCCAGAUACAUUGUUGAUGUCAUUAGUUUUCUUUUUAUACUUGAAAUAUAAUGCAUUAAAAUGUCCAGAUGGAGUGUAAAGUUGGGUGUAGUUAAGCUUGUGGGGCAGAAACUACAUGCUAAAUGCUUGUCUUUUUUUCCCUUUUCUGGCAUUAAAAGAACUGUGAUUAGAUGCUGGUGCCUUUGAGGUUGGAGCCCUUACUUCUGAUGCUACUGUACUGUAAUCAGGGACUGUCAAUGCAAAUCCCAUGUUAUUGCAAUACACACAGCCGUGUAAUAAUAAUUACUGCUUAAAAGUUUUAACAUUAAAAACCUUAUUCUUUUCUUUCUAAA